ACAAUGACUUGCUCUUCUGUCCUUCCGGGAAGACUGUCCAGUCAGCACGUACAGCUGGUCUUCGGCGUCGCCAAGGGGGGAUCUGAGUCGGCUGGAAUGGUUGAAAGGGUGCGAGUGCAAUCGCGAAAGAACAAUGAAGCUGCCCAGAAAGUGGUUGCUUCGGGCGGUCGGUUGAGGCAUGCAGCGGUACACCGCGUCCCGACCGGAGUUGAACUAGAGUCGGGCCGACGGAGACGUCGGAGGUCGAGCAGGAGGCUGGAAGUGAUGAUGUGUCGAAGAGGUGCGAGAAGAGUGUUUUUUACUUCGAGGCAGAAUUAG